AUGAUUGCUGUUGAAAAAGGCUUGGUCACGCUUGACCAAAACGUCAGGGAAAUUGUCCCCGAGCUCGCAGAGCUCGAUGUGCUUGAGGGUUUUGAUGACGAUGGAACCCCGCGCCUGAGGAAAUGCACUUCCCCUAUCUCCCUUCGACAACUACUCUCGCACAGCAGCGGCUUCUGCUAUGACCAGCAUCACGAGGGACUACAGCGAUGGGCUCGCUACGUCGGGAAGAAGGAAAACACAUUCACCGGAUCGCAUAACGGCUACCUCUACCCGCUUAUCUUCGAACCCGGACAGGGCUGGGCAUAUGGCAGCGGAAUGGACUGGGCAGGACGAACAAUCGAGAUUGUCGCCAAUCAAGACCUUGAGACCUUCAUGAAAACUAACAUCUGGACCCCUCUCGGCAUGACCUCCACAACAUUCCGGCCCUGGGCGCGCCCCGAUCUCGAGCAGAAGGCCGUCGAAAUUGCAUGGCGCGGUCGCGACGGCAAGCUCAUCAAGGGAAAGAACCCAUACGGUCCCGCGGUGGACUGCUGCGGCGGUGUCGGGCUAUUCAGCACCCCUCGCGAUCAAGCUAAGCUGCUUGCCGCCCUGUUGAGCGACGGCUACGGGAUCAUGAGUAAGGAAAGCCUCGAUGUGCUGAUGAGCCCUCAAACCGAAGAUCCGUCACACUUCCUUUCUAUUGUGUGCGGAACGAAGCGUGCGCAUCUAGGCCAGACAUGGCCAGAAGGGUCGAAGGGCGAUUUUGGGCUCAGUUCGUCUAUCAACGCUACGGAUUUCCCCGGCCGAAGAGCCGCGAAUAGUGCGAACUGGCAGGGAAUGCCUGGUAUUCACGCCUGGCUUGAUCGCACAACUGGCUUAGCCGGGCUUUUCACGACUCAAGUCUUGCCCCCUGGCGACAAGGUUGUCACACAGACCUUCUGUGCCCUUGAGGAGGAAGUAUACAGGGUCCAUGGCACACGCGUGUAA